UCCUAUCGCUGCACCCUGGAAUACUGCUGCUGAAUUCUGUACCCUCGGUUUGGUCUUGCGUCAGUCAUUCUUACGUCCGACGUAUUUUGCGAGCGUAGUUGCCAUAGUUUCAGGAGACGCUAGCGUCGCCUGAAAGUGCAGAGAGCUAAACAGAUUCAGUAUUACGUACUGGAUUGAUUUUAUUCAACAAAAAAUUGCAAACCGGAAAGCCUUUUCUAACCACCUUGCAUACACGAAACAGCUGCUGCUUAAUCCCAGAGAAGACAUGGAAAAUCACACACCGAGUCACCCUUUACCUGUUGAAAUUCAGCAGAUGGAUCCUGACGAGACGGUUUGUAAGUACUGUGGAGUCAGCUACUUGAUACAUCACGAAUUCAAGCUGAUGGAAGAGAAAGUCAAAGCAAUGGAGGCUGAGGUGGAGUUUUAUCGGGGCAGUGUGGAGCGAGAAAAGACACUGCUAGUGGAUUUACAGACCCUGAACAUGCGUCUGGAGCAGUACAAGGCAACCAGUGAACAACAGUCUGAGAGCUUGAAAGUCGUUGGCAUGGAAUUGGCAGGCAAACAGACCGAACUGGAGACUGUAAUUGGUGACGUGAGCAUCAUUGGGAACAAGUUGAAAGAAGCCGAACACCAGUCCCAAAUGUUCAAGUCGAAAUACCAAGAACAGAUCUCUGCCUUGAAGAAGGCAUUGGGUUUUCUUCAGCUGAUGAAGAAGGAGCUGACAAGAGUCAAGGGUGUGGUUUCUGAGUUCUCAGACAUCCAGAGAGGGUUUAGCACAGAGCUGAUGAAUAGAAGCAGAGGUGCUCAUGCAGAAAUCACCACAUUACAUGAAUCUCUGGGCACCUCUCAGACGCAGAUUACAUGCCUUCGGGAGCAGGUGAGGGAUCUUCAGUCUGUGGCAGCUGCAGCUGAGUUAAAAGAUCAGCAGCUCCAAACCUUAGUCCAUGGAGAAUCCCAACUGCAAAACAAGUGCCAUGAAAUGCAAAAACAAACAUUGGACUUAAACAAUCAGCUUAAAACUCUCCAGCUGAGACUCCAGAAAGGGACCUCUGAAGUGGAGCAUUAUAAGCAGCUAUUUAUGUCCAAAUCAAAUGAAAACGAAGAUAAUCUUUCCAGACUGAGACGACAUGAAAAUGAACGAAAAGAAGCUGAAUCUAGACGCUGCGAGGAGUUAAGGGUGAAGGAAGAAGAGUGGCUGGCUUGUAACCAGAAGUGCAAAUAUUUACAGGAGCAGCUCUCUGAUAAGGAGAGGAAGGAAGAGGAAAUAAGUCGAAGAAACUCUCGAUCAGAAAAUGAAAAUGAAACUCUGAAAACUGCCCUGAAGCAGGCUGAAGAGGAAAUAUCCACUUUGAAGCAGGAAAGGGAGUUAACAAUACUUUCUCAUCAGAGUACAAUCGAACAGCUGCGGGAGAACUUCAGACAGGAGAUGGUGGAAGGAGAUAGCUGGGGGUCAAAGGUUAAUGAAGAACUGUCAAAAGAACAAGUGCAGCUCUCCUUAGGGUUACAAGAGGCUGAACAGAGGUUGAGAGAAGAAGCUAGAAUGGAGUUAGAUAUUGAGAGAGAAAAAUUUCAGGAGCUAAUCCAGAAAUACCAGAAAGAACACGAAGAGCUUCAGAAAAAGGUGCCUUUCCUUAUUCAUACUGCCACCAUGGAGCUGAAAGAAGAAAUGAGUAGUUUGGAGAAAACGUUGGAGGGAGCUCAAAUGAGUCUAACGGAGAAGGAGAAUAGAAAAGAUCAAGAAAUUGAGAGUCUGAAGAAACUGGUCUUUAAGUUUGAGAGCCAGCUGAGGCAUGAACAGAACAGUGUUGAUGCUUUGACUGCAGAGUUGAGGCACAAUAAGCAGCAGAAGUCACAAAAGCUAAUCGAAAUAACUAAAGAAUUAGACCAGCUAACACAGGAGUCCUAUCAAUUGCAUGAAGAGAACUCUCUGCUCCAGGAGACUGUGCGCAGAGAGUGUGAGGAACGCUUUGAGCUAACCGAGGCUUUGAGCCAGGCCCGAGAGCAGCUACUGGCGCUGAAACGACUCAGCGGGGGGCUGAAGAUUUCACAACGCUCUCUCAGUCAAACUAAUCUGGUCUUGUCCUCCCCAUCUGCCAGCAGCCAAGGACAGAAAGGCAUGAGCACCCAGAGUUCUGGGAUAGAGACAAAGUGCGGAGGCCUGACAAGAUUAGCUGGGAGUGCUGAAACACCUAGCAGCACUCGGCUGCGUAGCAGCGGUAAUGGACUACCUUCAGUUCCCCUUCCACACCCACCAAGGGAGAGGGCAUCUUCCAUGAGUGAAGCCAGGCACAGAAUCGCAGCUGCCAUACGAAAAAAGGAGAACAAGAUGUGACUCGCGAAGCCUGGGUUCAAUGUUUGUGCUUAAAAUGAACCUGUCAUUUAGAAUGUUUUGUUUGAUCAACUUUACUGUACCAAGGUUUUUGAUUUUUUUUGGCAGAAGAGAAGCUGGAAAUCUGCGUGGCAUGGAACUCAUUUCCUUUUAAAGCGGAUCACGUGGAAUUGGAAGGAUUGUGCUGCUGUUGGAAACUGUUUUUCAUUAUUAACAGUAUUUGCUUUAAACAGCGUAGCCCUGAACAUUAAUCAUUCUAUAAUCUGCAUUAAUAAUCAAAGUGUUUUUGAGGAAGUGUAAGGAUAGCUUGACUGAAAAUAUUUUAAGGAAGUUAAUGUUCUUUAUUUUUUUUUUUUUUUACUUUUUCCUUAUGUCUCAAGUAUUCACAUGUAUUAGAACCCACUUUAUUCAGUCAGGCUCUGCCAAGAAAUAAAAUUACUGAGGAAAAUCACCUAUAUCCCUCGAUGGUUAUGUAUUUCCUUAGAUGAUUAUUUUUGCAAUGCUCACUUAGAACCAUCAAUUGAGCUGAAUGAUGGUAGAUCAAAUAAAAAAUGCCAGUUUGUUUUGACUCAAGGUCAUCUCUUUAAAGAAAUAUUUUCUGCAAUUAUAUAGGCCUGCAGUUCAUAAUCAGCUGGUUUCAAGCAUGUUUACCUAAACUGUUUCAGCCAACCCCAGACUAUGUUUGCAUACUUUUCGGCCCUGUAAAAUGGGCUGUAAAUGAUAAUCACAAGUUAAACAGGUUUCCUUUAUUAAUGUAUUCAGGGUGUAUUCAGUCUCUGUGCCUCAUCACUGUUACAUGAAGGUGGCUUUAGUUUCAGUUCUGGCUUCCCAAAUGCCACAAAAUGCAGGUGCAGCUAUUGUACUGCAGUUCUUGGCUGGCGUGUGGAAGAACUGUGUAUUUCUCACACACAAUACAGCUGCAUUUCUCCCCCUCCUCCUGGACUGUUUACUUCAAAGCCAUUCAGAUAUAAAUGUAUUACAUCAUGCUUCCUGUUAAUGAAGCUCUGCGUGACUUUUUAAUCUCUUCUGUUCCUGCUGGAGGGGUUUCCAACUUCUGUUUCAUUGUAGUUUUUUUUUUUUUAACUCACUAUUACCUGUACUGCAAACCAAGGAAUCUGUCAAUGUCAGGCCUCCUCCACACCUUGGGUCAUGUAUGGAUACAAUGAGGCAUUUCCAUGCCACCACUCCUUGUCAUCCUUUGAGGGUUUGUUUUGAGUAUUGCAUUAAAACACAC